AUGAAUCCAUUGAAUACAAUUUAUCGUAGAUUAUUUAUCAAAAAAUUAUAUUAUAUUUGUUUAUUUAUUUUAUUUAUAAUUAUCCUAUUCAAUAAAACAAUUAAUAAUAAAAUAAAUGAAUUAUCAAUAUUAUAUAAUCAUUCAUUAACUUAUCAAAAUUUAGAUAUGAAUUUGACAAAUAUUUGUGAAUCAUUUUUAAAUAUAGAACCAAAUCAAUUAGUUGCUAGGCAAUAUGAAAAUUAUUCAACAAAACAACAUUUAUUAUAUUCAUGGAAAUCAAUGAAUGAUUGUAAAUUAUUUCGAAAAUCAUUUCAAUAUUUAUUAUGGAUAAAUAAAGAAGAAUUAAAUUAUCCAAUUGCAUUUGCAUUUACAGUUUAUGAAAAUAUUGAUCGUAUAGCACGUUUAUUACGUUUAUUAUAUAGACCAUAUAAUUUAUAUUGUAUACAUGUAGAUCGUAAUACAUCAAAUGAAUUUUAUCAAUCUAUAAUUGAUUUAGCUAAAUGUUUUGGUAAUAAUAUUGAAAUAAUUAAACGUUCACAAAGUGUUUCAGUAAAAUGGGGUUAUUUCUCUGUAUUAGAUUCAUUUCUUAAAUGUACUCAAAUUAUGUUAAAUAAUACAAAAAUUCAAUGGAAAUAUGUUAUGAAUAUUAAUGGAAAAGAAUUACCAUUACGUACUAAUUGGGAAUUAAUUAAAGCAUUGAAAGCUUUGAAUGGAGCUAAUAUCAUUGGAUGUACAAUAAAAAAUGGACCAAAGAAAAGAAUUCCACGUAGAAAACCAUCAUUCAAUGUUACAUGGAUAAAAGGAAGCUUUUUAGUUGCAUUACGUAAAGAAUUUGUCAGGUAUGUACAUACGAAUCCCAAUUCUAUUGAAUUAUUAAAUAUUCUCAGAGAAGAACAACAUUUAAUGAAAAUACCAGAUGAAAUGUUUUUCAGUACAUUAGCUUAUAAUCCACAACUAUUUGCCCCUGGUGCUUGUAGAGAAUUUUAUCCACCCAAUGAAAAUGAUAAUCAAUCAACUUUCGUAUCACGCUUCGUUAUUUGGAAACCCAAAAGAUGUGCUACAGGGAAAAGAUAUCAUACAAUAUGUAUGUUAGGUGUACAACAUUUAUACAAUUUAACAAAACGUCAAGAGUUUUUUGCCAAUAAAUUUCAUAAUGGUUUUUAUGAUGCAGCUUAUGAUUGUCUUGAAUAUUGGAUAUUGAAGAAAAUGAAGAACGAACGUUUGACGGGUAGAUUAGAUCCAACAUUUAAUCCUCAAUUCUACGCUAAUCUACAUUGUUCAAAAAACCAUGUAUAA